AUGGGCAUUCUCGAUAAGAAGCCCGCGCCCGCCGCGACCGUUGACGACACCCCCAAGUGGGAGAGGGUCGACUGGAAGAAGGACCCCGGUCUUCGCAAGCUUUACUUCUAUGCCUUCGUUCUUUGCAUUGCCUCCGCUACCACCGGCUACGAUGGCAUGCUCUUCAACUCGAUUCAAAACUUCGAUGAGUGGCAGGAUUACUUCAACCACCCCAAGGGCAACACCCUCGGUGUCCUGGGUGCCCUCUACCAGAUUGGCUCCCUGUGCUCCAUCCCCAUUGUCCCCAUCCUUGCCGACCGCUUCGGUCGUAAGCUCCCCAUUGCGAUUGGUUGCCUCAUCAUGAUCGUCGGUGCCGUCCUCCAGGGCGCUGCUAAGAACUUGGGCACCUUCAUGGGCAGCCGUUUCCUCCUCGGCUUCGGCAACUCUCUGGCUCAGAUCUGCUCUCCCAUGCUUCUCACUGAGCUCUGCCAUCCCCAGCACCGUGGUCGUCUCACCACCGUCUACAACUGCCUGUGGAACGUUGGUGCUUUGAUCGUCUCGUGGCUCGCCUUCGGUACCGACUUCAUUGGCAACGACUGGUCGUGGCGUAUCCCUGCCCUGCUCCAGGCCUUCCCCUCGCUCAUCCAGAUCGCUUUCAUCUACUGGGUGCCUGAGUCUCCUCGUUUCCUGAUUGCCAAAGACAAGCACGAACAGGCCCUGAACAUCCUCGCCAAGUACCAUGCCAACGGCAACAAGGAGCACCCGACCGUCCAAUUCGAAUUCCACGAGAUCAAGGAGACCAUCCGCCUUGAGUACCAGUACAAGAAGUCCAGCAGCUACCUCGACUUCUUCCGCACCAAGGGCAACCGCUAUCGUCUGGCCGUCCUGCUCUCUCUCGGCUUCUUCUCGCAGUGGUCCGGCAACGCCAUUAUCUCCAACUACUCCAGUAUGCUCUAUGAGACUGCCGGCAUCAAGGACUCGACUGCCAAGCUCGGUCUCGCCGCCGGUCAGACUGGUCUCGCCCUCAUCGUCUCGGUCACCAUGGCCCUGCUUGUCGACAAGAUCGGCCGCCGCCCCAUUUUCCUGAUUGCCACCAGUGGCAUGUUCGGCACCUUCAUCUUCUGGACGCUCACCUCGGGUCUGUAUGAUGAGCACCAGGCUAAGGGUGCCAACUACGCCAUGAUCUUCUUCAUCUGGCUCUUCGGUUUCUUCUACUCUCUUGCCUGGUCGGGUCUGCUCGUCGGCUAUGCCAUCGAGAUCCUGCCUUACAAGCUGCGUGCCAAGGGUCUGAUGAUCCUCAACAUCUGCAUCCAGGCUGCCUUGACUCUCAACAUCUAUGCCAACCCCCACGCCUUCGACCACUUCGAGGGCCACACAUGGAAGCUCUACCUCAUCUACACUUGCUGGAUCUUCCUCGAGUUGUGCUUCAUCUUCUUCAUGUACGUCGAGACCAAGGGCCCCACUCUCGAGGAGUUGGCCAAGAUCAUCGACGGCGACGAGGCCGAGGUUGCCAAGGUCGAUGCCGAGAAGGAGGUCGUCACCAAGGAGGAGAGCAACUGA